UCAUUCGAUGAGUUGAUAUUCGCGUCAUUGGCGUGCUUCAGCGUGCAUUGGCGCGCACUGUUGUUGUGUUGCAAGAAUUUUAAGAAAGAAUCACAAGAUAAUAUAUUAUAAAUUUUCUCGACGACAUAUAUUUUUUCUCGACGUACAUUUAUCGGUGAUCCGCGAGUGGUGGAGGUGAGGAAUAAAUAGUCUAUCAACUGUCAACGAAAUCGUAUUCGAAAGGGUAGACAGACUGGCGUGUGAGUAGCAUUUCGUCAUUCUCGCCGAAUCCACUGGCAAGCGACCCGUCAAUUAAGCAUUUUCUGAAGGCUAGAGACGUUUCCCAGUGCAAGGCGAUGGUACGAUGACCGCUCUCAGGUGUCUCGUAUACGCAUUCGCCGUGCUGGCAAGUUCAUUCGCCUAUGAUGACGAAUGCUACAUUCCUCUUUUGGACAGAGCUCAAAUAACAGCAACAUCUUCCUUGCCCGAAAGAGGUCCAAAGAAUGCUAGACUAAAUGGCGGAAACGCAUGGACGGCUAGCAGCUCCGAUUUCGGUCAGUAUUUAAUAAUCGACCUGGGCCAAGUCAUGAACAUCACAGGCGUGGCGACUCAGGGCAGAUCAUUGCAGAACGAAUAUGUUAUGGAAUAUCGUAUUGGCUAUGGUACUAACGGCCUCGAUUACGUGGAUUUCAAGGAAGAAGAUGGCCACGCAAAGAUGUUUAAAGGUAAUGUAGAUGGGGAUAGUAUAAAGCUUAAUAAAUUUGAGGUACCGAUAAUCGCGCAAUGGAUAAGAAUAAAUCCGACACGAUGGCGGGACAGGAUAUCCCUGAGAGUUGAACUCUACGGAUGCGAUUACGUGUCUGAUGUUGUCGCCUUUAACGGAACGUCUCUUAUACGGCUGGAUCUAUUAAGAGAACCUAUCGAAACCGAUAGACAUUUUAUACGUUUCCGCUUUAAAACAAAUAAUGCCGAUGGUGUAUUAAUGUAUUCUCGUGGUACGCAAGGUGAUUAUAUAGCCUUGCAAUUACGAGACAAUAGAAUGUUGCUUAAUAUCGAUCUUGGAUCCGGUAUUAUGACGAGUCUGUCGGUUGGCAGUCUUUUAGACGAUAAUAUGUGGCACGAUGUCUUAAUCUCGCGUAAUAGAAAAAAUAUUUCCUUCUCUGUCGAUAGAAUAUUAAUCAAAGGUAGAAUAAAAGGAGAAUUUCAUCGUUUGGAUUUAAAUAGAGAACUUUAUAUUGGUGGUGUGCCCAACAAGCAAGAUGGUUUGGUGGUGAACCAGAAUUUUACUGGUUGCAUAGAAAAUUUUUUUUUGAAUUCGACGAAUAUAAUUCACGAGAUGAAGGAGACGGACAUCGUAGAUGAGAAUCUGAGAUAUCAUAAAAUCAAUACACUUUAUAGUUGUCCGGAACCUCCGGUGAUACCUGUUACAUUUUUAACUCCUGGAUCUUUCGCUAGACUAAAAGGUUAUGAGGGUGUACCAUCUCUUAACGUUUCUCUUGCAUUUCGAACUUACGAAGAGAAAGGAAUAAUUCUUUACCAUCGAUUUACGACUCCGGGUUAUGUUAAGCUAUACCUGGAAGAGGGUAAAUUGAAGGUCGACAUAAAGACAAAAGAUAAUCCAUUUGCCACUCUAGAUAACUUUUACGAAAAAUUCAACGACGGAAAGUGGCAUCAAAUAAUUUUGACAAUAGCGAAAAAUUCUCUCAUCUUAAAUGUUGAUGGGCGGCCAAUGAAAACGGAGCGUCUUCUUGAUAUGUUAACUGGAUCGUUUUAUUUGAUUGGCGGUAUGACCGGCGCUGGGAGCAAUAAUGGUUUCGUUGGUUGUAUGAGGAUGAUAAGUAUUGACGGAAAUUAUAAAUUGCCGACCGACUGGAAGGAGGAAGAGUACUGUUGUAAGAACGAGGUCAUUUUCGACACUUGUCAAAUGGUAGAUCGUUGUAAUCCCAAUCCUUGCAAACACUCUGGUGUUUGUCGUCAAAAUUCUGACGAAUUCUUUUGCGAUUGUGCCAAUACUGGAUACGUGGGCGCCGUUUGUCACACCUCAUUAAAUCCUUUAUCGUGCGAGGCAUAUAAGAAUAUGAAUGCGGUAAAUCAGCGUGCAGAAAUUAAAAUUGAUGUGGAUGGAAGCGGACCCUUGAAGCCAUUCCCAGUCACUUGCGAAUUCUUCACUAAUGGACGCGUAAUGACAGUCUUACGUCACAGUAAUGAGUAUUUAACUCCCGUCGAUGGAUUUGAGGAGCCUGGCAGUUUUAUACAGGAUAUUAAUUACGAUGCUGAUUUUGAUCAAAUAGAAGCUUUAUUAAAUCGAUCUUUAAGCUGCAGACAAAGGAUAAAUUAUGGAUGCAAACAUUCCAAGUUAUUUAACUCCCCAGUUCCUCAGGGUGAUUACUUUAGACCAAACUCGUGGUGGGUAAGUCGGAAUAAUCAAAAGAUGGAUUAUUGGGGCGGUGCGUUGCCUGGGUCGCGAAAGUGCGAGUGUGGUAUACUUGGAAACUGUGCGGAUCCUACUAAGUGGUGCAAUUGUGAUGCUGGAUUGGAAGGAUGGUUGGAAGAUGGUGGGGAUAUUACGGAAAAAGAAUAUCUUCCCGUUAAACAAUUACGGUUCGGCGAUACGGGUACACCGCUCGACGAAAAGGAGGGUCGUUAUACGUUAGGCCCGCUUAUUUGCGAGGGUGACGACUUAUUUAAGAAUGUAGUCACAUUUCGCAUUGUGGAUGCUACCAUCAAUCUACCGACAUUUGAUAUUGGACACAGUGGCGAUAUUUACUUUGAAUUCAAAACUACUAUCGAAGACGCUGUGAUAAUUCACAGCAAAGGACCUACCGAUUACAUUAAGGUUUCUAUAAACACUGGAAAUCAGAUACAUUUUCAGUAUGUGGCUGGUGGCGGGCCGCUUACUGUGAGCGUGCAAACAUCUUACAAGUUGGCCGAUAAUCAAUGGCAUUCCGUAUCGGUGGAAAGAAAUCGAAAGGAAGCCCGAAUUGUCAUCGACGGAGCACUGAAGAACGAAGUGCGAGAACCACCAGGUCCUGUACGAGCGCUUCAUCUUACCUCGGAUCUUGUGGUGGGAGCCGCCACUGAUUACAGAGACGGAUUUGUCGGUUGCAUAAGAGCACUGCUUCUCAACGGUCAAUUGCAAGAUUUGAGAAGUUAUGCCCGGCACGGAUUGUACGGCGUUACCGAAGGUUGUACGGGUAGAUGUGAGAGUAAUCCUUGUCUCAAUAAUGGCACGUGUCAUGAAAAAUAUGACGGAUAUUGGUGCGACUGUCGAUGGACCGCGUUUAAAGGAUCUAUCUGUGCGGAUGAAAUUGGUGUGAACAUGCGACCUAGUUCGAUGAUAAAAUACGAUUUCAUGGGCAGCUGGCGUUCCACUAUCGCUGAAAAAAUACGCGUCGGUUUCACGACAACAAAUCCAAAAGGAUUUUUACUUGGCCUCUUUUCUAACAUCUCGGGAGAAUAUAUGACUAUAAUGAUCUCAAACAGCGGACAUUUACGCGUGGUAUUCGACUUUGGUUUCGAGCGGCAAGAGGUCAUAUUUCCAUACAAGCAUUUUGGUUUGGGACAAUAUCAUGAUAUCAGAAUCGGCCGGAAAAAUUCAGGCGCGACUCUGAUAAUGCAGGUUGACAAUUACGAACCGAGAGAGUUCAAUUUUAACAUAAAGGAUUCCGCGGACGCGCAGUUCAACAAUAUCCAAUACAUGUACAUCGGCAAAAAUGAGUCUAUGACAGAGGGAUUUGCGGGUUGCAUAUCGAGAGUCGAAUUCGAUGAUAUAUAUCCGUUAAAGCUACUCUUCCAAGAGAAUGGACCCGUCAACGUACGCUCGCUCGGUACUCCAUUGACCGAAGACUUUUGCGGAGUCGAGCCAAUCACGCAUCCGCCAUAUAUCCUCGAGACGCGGCCGCCGCUACAACUGGACGAGGACAAAGUGAGAGCCGCGUACAACGAGACUGACACAGCUAUUUUAGGAAGCGUACUAGCAGUUAUUCUGAUCGCGCUCGUGAUUAUGGCAAUCCUCAUAGGUAGAUAUAUGUCCAGACAUAAAGGCGAAUAUUUGACACAAGAGGACAAAGGUGCUGAGAUAGCCCUGGAUCCGGAUUCAGCAGUUGUACAUUCUGCUACUGGUCAUCAAGUUCAGAAGAAAAAAGAAUGGUUCAUCUAAAAUGUGCUGAAAUGCAUCACAAAUAUGUAAGUGCUGGAAAAAAGUACACAUUAACUUAAUCUAAAAUAUUAUAUAUUUCGAUAAGGGCAAUGAUUCUUUUGCUCUGUUCAACUGUUAUCUCUUCACGUUUUAAUUUUGUGUCAGAGACGUACCCCAAUACACGCAUAGCCUGACAGAAACCAAAAAAGAGCUGGCCAACUUAGAAAAAUAAACAUUUAUGAAUUCCUCCAUAAGACUCGUAACAACUUAAUUGAAUUCAAUUAUAGUUUUGAUGAGAUAUAUAUUAAUUAUAGUGUUUGUAAAAAUAACUUUAAUGUUAUUUCUAUUUAAAAUAUGGAUAAUCUAUCAAAGAUUACUUUUAUGUUUGACAUAUCGAUAUUGCUCUGUAAGGCAAUGGAACAUUGUUUGUCCUAUAAGGGGUUUAAUAAAUACCAAAGAAAAAUGUGUCGCUAUUUUCAAUAUAAUUUUUGUUAUAAUUAAAACAAAUUGUGUUAUGCUGUACUAUUUUGUGUACAUUUAGUAAUAGAAAAAAUAACAUUAAAAUUAAACUUCAUAGAAUUAAAUCCGAAUUAUGGCCAACUUUUAGGAUUCUGUCUCAUUAUGCGGCGUUCAGAAAUCAUUAGUAUCAUUCCAUAUUGUUUCUUUACGCAUUUCUUGCAAUUCUUUACGAUGUAAUAUGACUGCCAAAAUCUCAAUUUUUCAUCAAUUUUUUUUCUCAUCAGUUACCAGUUUCAAAAAAUAAUUAUGGAUAGGAAAAGAACGAUUUUCUUGCGUUACGUGCCAAUGAGAAAAAGAGAGAAAUUUUAAUUGAUUCUAUAAUAUAUAAUUUUACUGGAAUGUGUGUAUUUUACACAUUCCAAUUUAUAUGUUUUUAUGAUCGGGCAUAAAAGAGAGUUGUAUGUAACAUAAAUAGAUUCUACAUGUACAAAUGUCUCUAUUUUAUAAAGGUAGAUUACUUACAUUUAUAAAUAAAUAUAUAUAUUUUGUUCUUUCUUUUUUCUCAUAACAAUUCACAGUAUUAGUUGUAAUAUUUACCGUCCAAAGUGCGUUUAACACUUUUUUUUUUAGUGAUUUUAUUUUUUCACUCGUUUAUAUGAUUAUAUUUUACAGAUUAUAUUUUACUUUCUUUUAUAUAUAGGUCUGCAAAAACUCAUUGUAAUAAUUUAAAAUUAACAUAGCUCUAAGGAGAUAGUAAUUAUAAUAGUUAAAUAACAAAAACAAAAAACAAUAA